GUUCUCCGGCUGUGAUUCUAUUUUCUUUGCGGAUGAUCGAUCCAAAAAUAAGUUGCUGUUGGGUGCAGUGCGUAUAAUUGAAAUCUUUUAUUUCCUUAAUUGACCUUCUCGGUGCAGCUGGUCAAUCCUUCAAGAGAAUUCGCGAAAUGUCUCUGGUGAGACUUUGCGAAUCGGGAAGAGUCAAAUGGUUGUUUUUAAGUAAAAGUGGAGUUUUGCUACGAGAGAAUGCUACAAGAGGAUUGUUUUCCGGAAAUGGAAGCAAUCUAGCAAGGUAUGCAACCAGUAGCAAUAACGGAUCAGUUCUUACCUUCCGCGCCCGGCUUGAUAACAAUGACAGUCGUCAGAAGAGAAGUCAUAAUGGAGAAAGAGGGUACAAAAAUUUUGGCCAUAAACCGGAAAAAGAAGCACUGUUUACUACAAUUUUUGGUGCUGUUUUGGUAACGGCAAUGUUCGGAGCUUGUUUAGAUUGGAAGAAGUUGGGUAAAGCUUUAGACUGGCCUAAGGUGGAUGCAGACGCUGGGGUGCAUGUUGGUAGAAAUAAUUCUAGCGAAUUGGAACAGGAUGACGAGGAUUCGGAAGAUGAUGAGGAAGCUCAGGCCAAAAAGAAAGCUAGGAAAGAGAAGAUUGGCUUUCGGGACCGCAAGAUCAUCGAGUACGAAAAUCGCAUCCGACAGUACUCAACUCCGGACAAGGUGUUCCGCUACUUCGCCACCAUUCAGGCGCCGCAAAGUGCUGGCGAAAGCGUCGAAGUCUUUAUGACGCCGAUCGACUUCCUCACUAGUAUGACACCGGGGAUGAAACAACCAGAGGGGCUUGGAUUGGAUCAGUACAAACGCUACGAUGCCAGGAGCGUAUCAACUCGACUCGAUUUGCAGCUGGACAACGAUAGCAUAUUCUACAAGCUUGGAUCGUACGGAUUGAUAUCCUUUUCCGACUACAUCUUCCUGCUGACGGUGCUGUCAACAUCCCGGCGCCACUUUGAAAUUGCUUUUCGCAUGUUUGACCUCAACGGAGAUGGAGAUGUGGACAGUGAGGAGUUCGAGAAGGUAGCAAAUUUGAUCCGACAGCAGACCAGCAUCGGCAACCGGCACAGAGAUCAUGCCAAUACUGGCAACACGUUUAAGGGAGUGAAUUCCGCGCUAACUACAUACUUUUUCGGACCUAAAAACGACGAGAAGCUAACAAUCGAAAAGUUUUUAGACUUUCAGCAGCAGCUUCAACGGGAAAUUCUAACCUUAGAAUUCUUACGUAAAAACCCCGAUGAAAACGGUAACAUCAGUGAGUCAGAUUUUGCCGAACUUUUGCUAGCGUACGCUGGUUACCCGCAGAAAAAGAAGGUCAAGAAGAUCAAGCGCGUAAAGAAAAGGUUCCGCGAUCAUGGCGCCGGUGUUUCGAAGGAAGACUACCUCAACUUCUUUCACUUCCUAAAUAACAUCAACGACGUCGAUACUGCUCUAACUUUCUACCACAUUGCCGGUGCGUCCAUUGAUCAGGCCACACUGAAACAUGUGGCGAAAACGGUAGCACUGGUAGAGUUGACCGAUCACGUCAUUGACGUUGUCUUCACGAUAUUCGACGAAAACAUGGACGGCCAGCUAAGCAACCGUGAGUUUGUGGCGGUAAUGAAAAACCGACUGCUUCGUGGCCUAGAAAAGCCAAAAGAUACCGGUUUUGUCAAGCUGAUGCAUUCGAUUCUUAAGUGUGCCAAAGAUACGAAGCCAGUACUGUUGGAUCUGUAAGUAUCGUCCGGGUUCUUUCUACAGCAGUUAGAUCGCAUUCCAAAGGAGUGUUGGAAAUAUCGUCCAAGGAAACCGCCGUAGAUUUUCACAUUAGCUUGAAAAGCGCACAUAUUUGUCUGUCUCAGUGUGUGUGAUUGUCUCUCACUCAUCUCGUCUCUAUGAAGUUUUAAAUCGACUUAUGUUAUGUUUGGCGAACAGUUACCAAAUUUUUACUUGCUUCGGGUUGAAUGUCCAUUAAAGUAUUUGUUCCGUUCUGUG